CCGCUGAUAAGCUUCUACCACAGUGGACGUGUACCUUAUGUCUGCAGGUAGAAUACAACCAUUCCAAUAUGGGAGGUGGACAAUCGACACCCGUAGCUGAGAUACUAGACGGCAGCUAUGAGGGCUACCAUGUUGUAAAGGUACACAAGGACUCUCCUGCUGAGCUCGCCGGCUUAGUGCCCCUGUUCGACUUCAUAGUGAGCAUCAACGAGGAAAGGCUGUACAAGGAAGACAGUACAUUUGUAGAUCAGCUCAAUGCCAAUAUAGGAGUCCCCAUACCCAUCAUUGUGUACAACAGCCGCGUGAGAGGCGUCAGGGAACUCAUCAUUGUUCCAAGUAAUUCAUGGGGCGGUGCCGGCCUUCUUGGGGCUAGCAUUCGGUUCUGCUCCUUUGAAACGGCCACUGAGAAUGUCUGGCAUGUACUGGAUGUCAGACCGAACUCGCCAGUCAGCCGUGCUGGCUUGAAGUCUGAUGUGGACUACAUACUGGGAUCGUGUGAUACCACACUUUAUGACCAGAACAGCUUUUAUCAAUUAGUGGAAGCCAUGAACAAGAAGCCGGUGAAUCUGUACGUUUAUGAUAUUUCUACAGACUCGUGCCGUGAGGUGACUGUAACUCCAGACACUGACUGGGGAGGUGAUGGUAGUCUCGGCUGCAGCAUGGGAUAUGGUCUCCUGCACAGGUACGCUUCUGAAAGAGUUUCUCUGUACUGUAAUCUGUAG